AUGGAAGAGAGAGAGAAUAUGAAAAGUUCAGCUUCUGAGUCUUGUGAAGUUGGUGAUGAAGGGACAAAUAAGAAACCAGUUCAAAAAAUCCAAGAGUGUGAAUUCUGUGGGAGGGAGUUCAACUCAGGAAAUGCAUUAGGUGGCCAUAAAAGGUUGCACCUUCAAGCUCUAAGGAGAAAGAAUGAGGCUAAAGAUAAGGAGAAAGGGUCAAAUGUUGUUGAGAAUUCAAUGGAAGAGAGAGAGAAGAUGAAAAGUUCAGCUUUUGAGUCUUGUGAAGUUGGUGAUGAACCAAAGGGUGAUGAAGGGACAAAUCAGAAACCAGUUAAAGAAAUCCACAAGUGUGAUUUCGGUUGGAGGGAGUUCAACACAGGAAAUGCAUUAGGUGGCCAUAAAAGGUUGCAUCUUCAAGCUCUAAGGAAAAAGAAGGAGGCUAAAGGUAAAGGCAUCAAGUUUUCUGCUUCUGAUAGGAAACUCAUAAGGAGGAAAGGUCAGAUGUUGUUAAGAAUUCAAUGGAAGAGAGAGAAGAUGAAAAGUUCAACUUCUGAGUCUUGUGAAGUUGGAGAUGAACCAAAGGGUGAUGAAGGGACAAAUCAAAAGCCAGUUCAAGAAAUCCACAAGUGUGAAUUCUUUGGGAGGGAGUUCAACUCAGGAAAUGCAUUAGGUGGCCAUAAAAGGUUGCACCUUCAAGCUCUAAGGAAAAAGAAGAAGGAUAAAGAUGCCUUUGAUGGUUGGAUGGUUAUGCAAAAGGCAGCUAAAGGGCGUAACAUGAAAAGUUUGUUGGAGAAUCAGGUUGAUGGCUCGAAGGUACAGUCCACGGUUUUGCAUUCCAAUGCAGGAAGAUCCACCGGUCAGAAGGGAACCUCGAAAGCUGCAGCCUUGAGCAGUGGGACAAACAUGACAGGUGUUGUCACCUGA